GGGGUCUGCGCAUGCGCGCGGGGCCGCGGCGACUACGCCGACACUACCGCCUUCUACGCGCCUUCUUCCUCCACGCUUAUCCUUGCUCUCCACCCCUCCUUCCCGCGGCGCUCGAGGGAUCAUGGCUGAUCCUCGCGUGAGGCAGAUCAAGAUCAAAACCGGCGUGGUGAAGCGAUUGGUCAAAGAAAAAAUGAUGUAUGAGAAAGAAGCAAAACAACAAGAAGAAAAGAUCGAAAAAAUGAAAGCUGAAGAUGGUGAAAAUUAUGCCAUUAAAAAACAGGCAGAGAUCCUGCAAGAGUCCCGGAUGAUGAUCCCAGAUUGCCAGCGCAGGUUGGAAGCAGCGUAUACCGAUCUUCUGCAGUUAUUAGAGAGUGAAAAAGACUUGGAAGAAACUGAGGAAUAUAAGGAAGCACGUUUAAUAUUGGAUUCAGUAAAGUUAGAAGCCUGAAGUUUUUCUGUACAGGGUGUUUUUUGCAUUAAAUCUUGGCAUCCAUUCCACAAUUCAUUAUUUUUGACCACUGCUGUAUGUUCAACUAGUAUGAGAAUGCGAUUCUUUUUAUGCAGUUGCAUAUACUUUUCUUUGCCUCAUUUAAUGUGUCAAAUAAAUAAGUUCAUCUAAUAAGAUUGUUUAUUUCAUACUUUAUAAAAUAUUUUUAAUUAACCUUACCAUUAAAUCAUAGACAUUUUUGAUAAUUAAAAUCUGUUAGGUUCUCUUUGAAGUCUAGGUAUUUUGCUUUAUAAGUCUGGAUUGAGUUAAAAAUAGGAUACCUUUUAUUUUUAGAUAAAAAUCCAAAUUUUGAAUAGUUUAUUCUGAAUAGGGUACAACUCCCUCAAAAGAAAGGAAGAACUUCUCUGUGAAUAAGGCCUCACAUAUUUAUCCCUUCACAGUGAAAGUCUAACAUUUCCAUUACUGUUAACUAAUGGAAACAUUUAAAUCUUUUUCCAGAAAGAUAGAUUUAUACAAAAAACAUCAAGGAUUUAGAUCUUCAAAUAAGAUUCUUAUGAACAAAGAAUUGAAAUGUAUUUUAAAGGAAUAAUAAUGGUGUACUGGGAAGUGUUUAACAGAUCUUCAAAAUGGAAAGGGAGCAUCUUACUUCUGUGGUAUAAAUACUCCUGCUGUGACUAAUUUCAAGCUACUAACAUGACAUCACUGAGCCCAAGGUUGGGAAGAUAUGAGCCAGCUCCAGCAUACACUGUCCAUAGCCAGACCUGGAUAAUCUUGAUUGAUUGGAAAAGAUUAUCAUUUUACCACAAAGUAUUUUUCCAGUACAGUUGUAAACCAAUUAAUUACCUAAAUCAUUUGAGCUUAUUUUCUUAAAAAUACAUGACAGCUCGUUUAGUUUUCUUCUCUUUCUUGAAAAUGUGUAUAAGCCUUGUAUCAUCAGCCUACCAUGAGCAGUGAUCUAAUGAACUAAAAUACUAAUAAUAGCAUUUAAACUUUAAAACUCAUAAUUGAAAAAAUAACAAAAUCUGAAUUUUUGCUGCUAUGAGAUACAUACUCGUAGGGUAAUUCAUCUGAUUUUGGAAGUCGCUAAUGAUCACUAGAAACCAUAACAUUUAUUGAAUCUGUCAAAAAGAGCAGAGAAGAGAAAAAUAAUACUAUUCUUUCCUGCUGUUAUUUCUAAAGGAUACUCUGUUGUUUUAAAGCACAGAAUCCAUCAUUUUUAAAAUCUUUAUACAUGCAGAAAAUUACUUCAUCAUAGCCUAACAUACACCAGAAGCACUUCUAAGGUGAAAUGUCAUCAUCUUAAAACAUAUUACAUGCCUUUUUUAAAGUAUAUGAGGUGGGGGGGGGCGGAGUGAGAAAAUAAGACCAUAAUUACAAUGUAAAACUUUUACUAAGGCUUGCUUAAUUAGAGAUUUGAGUAGCAGGAGAAUUAAAACUCUAUAGAUUAUUUUGUGGUUGGUAUUAAGCACCAGAAUAGGUUGGCUUCUUGGGGUGGGAGUGGCAUAUUUAGUUUUCCAAGUAAGAUACCAUUUAAAGAAAGUAUUUUACCAUUUUUUUAAUGUAAAAAAUCUCAUUUCAGCCUUCUGCCAAAUACAUAAAUAUCAUAUAUAUUCAAAGCAAAAAAUAUUGGUCCCUCCAGAAAAAAUUCUGAAAGGGAAUUUUUAUAGCCAGGACCCAAAUCUUGGUUGCUAAAAAAAAAAUUAUUUUCUUGCCAAAAAGCCUAGGAAAGAAAAAAUUAACAAGGUAGAUGAAAAUAAAUGUACCUUCAGAGAAUUGCUAUCUCAAUUUUAGAUUUCAUACUGGAUAUCUCUCCAGACAUUGAUGAGAAGCAGCAAGAACCUUCACAGGCUUAUUCCUGGAAGUUUUUGACAUAUUCCACUUCUGUUUUCAUGGCCAGCAAGAGGCACAGGAAGUUAAGAACAGUUGUAAUUCAUUCAGUGUUAGCUUGUUUUUAAGCUUUUAGUUAAAACCUUACAUCUGUAGGAUAAUAAGUAGAAUUUUCCAAAAGUAACGUUGCCUUUUUCCCUCUCCAGUAUCUGACCCCCAACCAACAUGUAGCAGUUGCUCAGUAAAUAUUUGUAGAAUAAGUGAAAAGCAAGAGGUAAAAACCUCUGGAGUCAGAGAAAGAAUGCUGUGAAGGAUACCAUCACAUCACAAACACACUUAAUAAUAUUUUUACUGCAAACCUCAAUAAGAAACAUGUUUUCCAUUGUGACCCAGUACCUACUUUUGGAGGUCUCUGUAUACAUAAAACAGUAAGUAUCUUUAAUAUGUACAAUUCUCAGUUGUUUUUUAUUCUGUUUUUUUUAACAAUGAUUAUGACCACCUGCUAUUGGAUUGUGAAUAACACUACCCUAAUACAAUUAUAUAAAGUGCUUCUACUUAAAAGAA